AUGGGUAAUUCGCAGCAGAAAGAUGUGGAUCUUUUAGAAACCUACAUAGAUCUACAUGAAUCUACGAUUCAGCAAAACAGUUCACAUUGUGAAAGGAUUUACAAUUUAAUGUUGGAACAUAACUCUUCUACCUUUGAGCCUGAAUCACCGAUUUUCCUUGACGAAAACAUCAACUUCACAGAUGCCUACGAAAAGUGCCUGAACCACUCGAUUCCCUAUGGACUCUUCAAUCAACCUUAUAUUCUACCAUGGUAUCAGCAGGUGCUAUGGACCUUGAUAUUUGGUGUUAUGAUCAUUGUGGCUCUCGCUGGAAAUCUUAGUGUUAUGUGGAUUAUUUUAGCCCACCGAAGAAUGCGAACUGUCACAAAUCUGUUUCUUCUAAAUCUGGCUAUUGCGGAUUUUUUGUUAGCAAGUGGCAAUGCGUCUUUUAACUUUGUUUUCAUGCUGAAUAGCCAUUGGCCGUUUGGUGGACCAUUUUGUGUGAUUAGUAAUUUUGUUGCUAAUCUAACUGUAUCUACAUCUGUGUUUACGAUACUUGCUCUCAGUUUAGACCGGUUCGUUGCUGUCAUUCGUCCAAUGCGUCCCCGCAUGACAAAACUAAUGGCAUGCUCAAUCAUAUUUUCCAUUUGGUUUCUGAGCAGUCUGUUUUCGCUGCCAUCCCUACUCUACGCUACGACGAUUACCUACAAGUACGCAGACGACGGCCAGCGGACGCUGUGCUACCUUGUCUGGCCCGAUGCCGCUUCUGGGAAAUCCUACUCGGAUCAUGUGUACAAUAUUGCAUUCUUAAUUCUUACAUACAUCAUACCUAUGACAACCAUGAUGAUCACGUACACUUGGGUAGGCUGCGUUCUCUGGGGUAGUAAAGUCAUAGGAGAAAACACUGAUCUACAAAAUCAAGUAGUCAAGUCUAAGCAGAGGGUGGUACACAUGUUGGUCGCAAUCAUGCUGCUUUUUGCGAUAUGUUGGCUACCGUAUCAUGUGUACUUCUUGUAUACGUAUUAUAACCAAGAGGUUUUGCACACACACUUCAUUCAGCACGUUUAUCUAGCAAUAUACUGGUUGGCAAUGUCAAAUUCGUGCUAUAACCCAAUUGUUUAUUACUUUAUGAACGCCAGGUUUCGAGGUUAUUUCCAAGACAUAUUUUGUUUCGCCAAACCUAUUGUUAAACCCUUCAAUGGCGUGGAAUAUGAUGGGACUCAUAAGUCAUUCCCAAUGGCACCAAUAUCUCCAUCAGAAAUUUCAAACAGAACUCGAUCGUGCAGAAUGAGUUUUCCGCGCGGUAAACGGAACUCAAACUCACACUUAUAGAGAACAAUAUUGUGGCUUUCAUAUGCUAAAGAGAGCUACUCUUAUGUGAACUUGUAAUUAAUCUUUACCGUUAAUUAUAUGAUGUGAUCCCAAUAACAUAAAUGACUGAAGGAUUAUGGU